UUGAUAUUUUAUCGCAUGUCAUGUCUUCGUUUUGAGUGUUAUAUGCGAUUCAGGCAAAUAACUAGACAGCCUAUUAUCUCCUCUCGUGUUGAGUUGGCAGUUGGCUGUUAAGUUAAACUUUCGUGGCUUUGCAGGGAUGUAGAUCCAAAGGGUAUGAACUAAAGUUGAAGCAGGACCUCAAAAUGCCUUUCAGAAAAGUUCAUAUCCUUGUAAUCCUACUUGUUGCAAUUGUGCUUUUGAUAGUUAUGCACCAUAAUCUAUUUAAUGUACAUGACCUUUUGAGGAAGGAAAAUUCAGAAUCCAGAUAUGGUGGAGUACAGAGGUUUGCAGGAGAGAGAACUGGUGAAGAGAUUCCAAUUCUAAUCCCAGCUGUAGAAGAGCGACUCGGAGGCGUUAUAGCAGCUGUAAACAGUAUAUAUAGUAACACCAGGUCAAAUGUGGUCUUUUAUAUAGUCACUACAAAUGAUACCAUUGAUCAUUUAAGAGCUUGGCUUCAGAAGCAAGAGCUGAUGGGUAUCAAGUAUAAAAUUCUUGGAUUUGAUCCUCACAUUUUAAAAGGCAAAGUGCAAGUUGAAGGUGAUUCAACUGAAGUAAAACCAUUGACUUUUGCAAGGUUUUACCUUCCUAUGUUGAUUUCUGGCACAGAGAAAGUCAUUUACCUGGAUGAUGAUGUGAUUGUGCAAGGAGACAUUCAUGAACUUUAUGAUACUGAACUGAAGGCAGGUCAUGCUGCAGCAUUUUCUGAAGAUUGUGAUUCUGUAUCUUCCAAGGUGUUGGUUAGAGGUGCUGGAAGUCAGAACACAUAUUUGGGCUUCCUUGAUUAUAAAAAAGAAACCAUUAGAAAACUUGGUAUGAAGGCAAGCACAUGCUCCUUUAAUCCUGGUGUCUUUGUAGCUAAUCUCACAGAAUGGAAGCAGCAGAACAUUACAGAACAGCUUGAAAAAUGGAUGGAAAUCAAUGUAGUGGAGAAUUUAUAUGGUGGUGCUCUGGCCGGCAGUGUUACAACACCGCCCAUGCUCUUGGUGUUCUAUAAACAAUACUCUUCCAUUGAUCCAUUGUGGCAUGUGAGGCAUCUUGGGUCUAAUGCUGGUACCAGAUAUUCAUCGCAUUUUAUUAAAGCUGCCAAGUUGCUGCACUGGAACGGAAGAUUCAAACCCUGGGGUCGUACCUCUUCUUACAGUGAUAUUUGGGAUAGGUGGUACAUUCCAGACCCUACUGGAAAGUUCCACCCAGUACGUCGACAUGUAGAGGAGGAGGAUGCUCAUUAGAAGAAAACAUAAAUGUGACUUCUAAAUCAUUAACUUAGCAUUUGUACACGACUGCCACCACUCAGGAAUUUGUAAUUCAUUUCAAUCUAAGUGUGCAUUCAUAUUGUUUCAAUUUUUAGCUUGAUUUUUUAAAUGCACAAUGAACAAGGUCGCUGACCAUAAUACUGUGGGAAAAUUGAGGAUUUUUAGUAAUUCCUGGCUCUCGUAAUUUUAGCUGUUCAAAUCCUGUGUAAGCCUGUACUAAAUAAGCACCACAGGCUAAAUGUUUUAACCCAGGUAAGAGUACACUACAUUUGUACUGUUAUUCUUUUUAUUCGUAAACUAAUUUUCAUUUGAUCUCUGAACUAAGUAAGUUCUAAAAAUGUAACAAAAUAUCUUGAACGGCAUUGUCCAGAUGGCAUUUUUUUCUUCAAAAGAGAUAUUAAGUCAGAAGCAAUUUAUGACGGAAUAGUUCCAAUACUAGUUCUUGGUGCAGAUUUCUAAUUGUAUUAGAAAUUUGCAUUCUUGAAGCUUAAUAAUGCAUUUACACGAUAACUGCAACACAAAUGAAGACUUCAACAAGAACUGACAUUGCUUCACUAAAUUUGUGUAAAUGCUUAAUAUCAUUUGCUAAGUAAUUGAUUGCAUUACAGUUUGAACAUUAAGACACUUAAACAGAAAAAAUGUGAAUUUGAUUAUCAAGUUUUCAAAUAUUUCAAAGUGAGUGUUUCAAAGAGAGUGCUAAUGAGGAAGAGUAUUAACAGAAACUCGCAAGGAAGAUCAUGCUAAAUUGCCUUUCGGUUUCUAAAUUCUUAUUUGUUCAGCUCCUUAGGUUAGGCAAGAACCUCUGUUGCUAUGUUGGUGUUUCAAGGGCUGUUUAAAAAUGGAAAAGGAUGUUAUUAUAGAGUCUCAAUGUUGGCAAUAUUAUUAAAUUUUCCCUUAUUUUGUAUUAAUUAUUAAUUAGUUAAUAAUAUUAGUUUUCUUAUCUAUAUUAAUAAUUAAGGUCCUAAAAGGGGUUUGAUGGGGUUGGAGUAAAGUAUCUAAAAUAAAUAUCUAUUUAAACCCCCA